UACUCGGCUUAGCAGUCAUAUUCGCUUUUUUCAAUCGGUCAAACACGUUACGUAAYAGCCUUAGAUGUUCAACCCAAGUCACACUGCAAAUUAGGAUAUCGUCGAUGUAAUUCUAUACUCUCGGGUCUGCGUCUCUGUGUCUUCGAGUAGGAUCCUCAUCAUACGAGUGAAACUUGCAUCAGAGUUCACCAGGCCAAAGGGCAUCCUUUUACAAUGAAAUAGGCCAAUCGGGGUUUGGAACGCGGUCAUUCGCGUCGUACAUACUUCCUCAGCAGAAUUACAUAGAAAAUCUCUUUUACUGUAUGAGCAAUUUGUUAGCAAGAUCCUCUCCCCUAUUCGGAACUGUCGGUUUCUUGUCUUCUUGUMAAAAUGUUUCUUGUAACGCUACGUAUUUUUCUCAAGCUCUUUCCUUGCUCCUUUAAAAUCGCARCUGSACCUCUUACCGUCCGCCCGCACAACAACUCAAAUGGAGAGAAUCCAAGGCUAUCCUCCUCACGUAAGAUCGCUAAACCUCCUCCACAUAUAGGAGGGCUCCAUACAUAUGCUAAAAAAGUCAUUGAAAUACUUGAAGAAAAGGGAACAAUCAGCAUAAACGAGAUUUUCGAAAUACUAUACAGGGAAAUCAAUGGCAUUGACGAUGAAGGCGAUGAGAUUUUACAUACCAGAAAAAACGUCUAUAGAAGACUAGGCGAUGUUCUCAAUAGUUUUGAUGCAAUUGGCAUGAUCUCCAAAGAUGGGAAGGUGGUUAAUUGGUUAGGAUAUCCAAACUACGAAGAAGAAGAAGAAAGAAAGAAGCUUGAGGCCGAAAAACAAAAGCUUGAAAAAGGCAUCCAAGAAAAGACAAAUAAAUGGGAGACUCUAAAUGAUCAGUCGAUGUCCUUUAAGAACUUACUAAGAAUAAAUAGAUAUGGUUUAAAGAAUCAAAAUCAAGCCAUUUUCAAUCUUCCCUUCAUUGUCAUUAGAACAGAUAAGAAUACCAACGUGAAAUGCAAUGUAUCGUCUGAUAGGGUUCAAUAUCUUUUCACAUUUGAUCGUCCAUUUGAAAUCCUUGACAACAUGGAGGUACUACAGAAAAUGGGUUUAAGCAAAAUGAAGUCAGAAUGCAGACCAUCCUCAUCGAAUGUGUAGAUGGAGCUAGCAAAUUCAGCUGAUCCAGUUCGAUGUUUUAGUUUUAAACAAAAAUCAAAACAAUGAUAAUUGAACUGGUUUUGAAGUUAUUGCAGUGUUAACAUAUAUUUAGCAUUAAAUGGACUUCUUUUUUGACUUUUUUUUUGCUGUACAAUAAAAAGUGUCAAAUCUUUAGUUGCCCUCUCGUUUGGCCAAGUAUGUACUCUUUUGUAAGCA